UCUGUAUAUACAUUUUCUUUUAUGAGCCAGAAGGUUGAAUCCUGAAGAACAAUAUAUUCGAAUUAUCUGAUUUUAUUUUUCUAAAAGUUUGGUGAUUGCCAAUUUGUUUAAAUUGCUUGAAAAGUUUUAAAAUUUGAUGUUCAUGGAAGAAUGAGACUUGUCAUUGGUGUACAAAAUGGACAAUGUUGUGAUUGGAAAUUGUAUUGUAAUUGGAUUAGCUAAGACAUGGUAAGAAUCAUGGUUUGGAAAAUGCUUUACUUCUGAAACUUGUUAAUGGAUGAAUUGCCAAUGUUUGUUGGUUGAUGUGAUGUGUGGAUGUGGUAUCUGGACUGUCAAUAACAAUCAGUUGCCUGGACUUGGCUCAGUUUAGCACUUUUCCCAGUUUCCAAGUUAAAAUGAGCCUAGCUUAUGCAACUAUAUAUGAUCUUGUUAAAGUCUUUGCUGUAUUAAUUCAUGUUUGUCUAUCUUUAGAUUUCCAAUGCUACAUAUGACUGGGCAUAGAUUGCUUCUUGUUUUAAAGCCUUGGUAUCUUGUAGCAAAUUAAGAGAAUUGUACAGCAAAGAUUUCUUAUUAAAGGACUGGGCUGAGCCCAUUUGAGUUUUAGCUCAAAUAAGAUUUUGUUGGAUCAGCUCAAGGUGGAGUCACCCCUUUUUAUUUUGUUUCUGAGGAGCUCAAGGAUCUCAUGCUUGGCUUGGCUCAGCUUGGCUUCCCUCAAAUAUUUUACAUACUGAUUGAAGAUGUUGUCUAUUUUAUUAUUUGCAGUCUUUAUGCUAGGUUGCAGGUUAUGUAAUAGCUUGGCUUCCAUAAUAUUGAUAUCAUAUAUGUUGGAGUAAAUGUCUUGUCGUGCUCCAUCAGGCUUAUAUGGGAAUGUCCAUUGGUCAACAGAGCUUAUAGUUUUCUUGUUGGACUUAGGUAAGCAUCGAAUCCAUGGCCAGUUUUUUAAAUUCGGAGUUCUCGAGGAUUGCUAGAUCACCUUCUGUCUUGAUACUGACCAACCUUUAGAUGGGGAGCACUUUGAUAAUCUUUUGGCAUAGAAUUUCUGGUGGGUCUUUCCUUUGUAUUAUUCCCCCCUUGGCCCCAAGAUUCCCUGACUAUUGAACCAUAGCGACUGCCAUUUUCUUAUUUAUAUGACUUUAUCUCCAUGGUAAGGUCCUCUCAGUUAAAAGUAAUUAUAGCGUUUAUGGUGAUGCCAUCUCAACACUUUACAGAAGGGAAGUUACACAACUAUAUUAAACAAAAGGCUUUUCCAAACACUUCUGAGUGUUAGUUUUAAAUUUCUUAAAUCUAGUUGUGCCUGAGAAAGCAGCUGAAUUUUGUAAUUUUAAGAAAUUAUAUUUCCCAGAUCAUUGGAGGACUUAAAUUCUUGAGCCAUCUUGAUGUUUUACUUUGGAUAACCCUGUCCCUUCUAAACAGAAGUGUCACUGCUUUUAUAUAUUAAAUAUGAUUCAAUUUCUUCUCACUGAUAGUCGGAAUAUCACAUAUGUUUAGUCAGUCUUCGGUGCUCCAGAAAUGGAUAGAGAUAACAAAUUUGGGUGUUCUGUAUAGAAAUUUCAAGUUUUUUGUUGUUUGAUAUAGAUCUAGAGAGAAUAGGAUCAGUUGUUUAAUAACUAGUGUGAAGUGUGCCAAAAUUACUUGUGGAAGUCUCAAGCUAGCCUAUGACUUUGAACAGCUUAAUCUUUUGUCUUCUUCUUCUUUCUGACCUUCUUGAAAUAUUUGCUUUUGUGUACAUUAUAGCAUUUUUGUUUAAUUAAAGUGCAUAGACCUUUUUAUGCAUGCGUUAUACAUGAUUUCUCAGAGUUUUCUCUUGGGUGAACAUUCUUACAAGUAUUGUUGUAGUCCCAAUUCAAAUUCUUUGAUAAAAAUUCUUUAGUAGCUUUAAUUUUUCGGCUUAUUCACAGGCUCAUGUUCUGUAAGCUUAAUAUGAUUGCUGUGUGCAUUAAAUAGUGGAUAUUUCUCUUGUUGUGCUGUUUGUUUUUGAUAUUGUCCAAAACCCGUCACAAUUUAUUGCAUCUGAGUCUUAAGCUUGUCAUCUGUCUGAUUUAUUAUAAGGUCAAUUCAUCAGCAUGUUGCCAAAACUUGUAAGUCCAUUGUCUAUUUUCUGUUAUGUUGCUACAGCUGUGUGAUCGGUUUUAAUUUAUGUUACUCUGUUGAGAAUGUAUUUAACCUUAUUAUUCUGAUGUUAAUUUGAUCUUGUCAAUUUAGUACCUAUGUGAUUUCAUGUUGCACCUCAUCUUCAAAUCUAUUCUACAGAUGCAACCUGCAUCUAGGGGUGGAAGAAGGGGUGGUAGGUCUUCUAGAGGGGGCAGCCGGGGUCAUAUUGGUAACCGCGGCCUCAGACCAGAUGGCUCUGCACCUCCAUAUAAUAGGGGUCGUGGCAGCAGUGGCAGCAGGCACUUUCCUCCAAAUGGUGUGACAUCAGCAAUUCCAAAUUCUGUAGAUCCAAGUGGUGCAGCUGCUGUAAUGCCACCUACAGCUGCAUUACCAACUCAAGUGCCUGCUGCUCCACUCUGGCCACCUCCACGUAUGGCUUGGUGUGAACUGUGCAGGGUUGAUUGCAACAGGCCAGAAAUCCUGGAGCAGCAUAAGAAUGGAAAGCGACAUAAGAAAAACUUGCAGGUACAUGAAGAGCUGCAGAAGCUGAACAAAGUCAUAACUGGACAGCAAAGUGUGCAAGUGCCCAAUUCAGGAUCCGAAGUUGUUCAAUUGGAGAAAGUUGAGGGAUCUGAGGGACAACAUCAACAGGAAACUUCACCCUCCAUGGCUGUUACCAAUGACAGUAAGAAAGAAACUGAGCAGCAGAAAGACAUAGUGAAUAACUCUGAAGCAUCAACUACUGAUUCUGCAAAAGCUAAAAGGAAACUAGGGGAUGCCUCUGAAGCUCGGGGACGUGGUUUCAAGCGUAAGAUGAGAGGGGGACGAGGGGGUAAAUGUAUGAAAGGUAAUGAAGGACCUAGAAGACCUGUUGAGCCUCCCAAACCGAAUGGGGGUAUUCCUUUUAUGUGUGAGUUGUGCAAUGUCAAGUGUGAAUCACAUGUGGUUUUUAACAGCCAUUUGGCUGGUAAAAAGCACAUUGCAAAUCUGAAGAGGUUUCACGGGCACCGGGCUUUAUAUGGAGAAGCAGGACUUCAAGCACUUUAUCCACCUAAUUUUAAUGUUUCAUCACCUUCCUUCAUCCCUCAAAUUCAACAAGGCGUUACUGACCCACAAGUUGUUUUAGCUCAGCUGUUGACUUACGUCCUUAGUCAAGCCCAAGUCCCAGGGUUAGCAGCCCCUCAGUUACCUCUACUGGCAGCAACAUCAGCACCACCAUGUACACCAUUAUCAAGUUCUGAAAACCAUUAUCCUCAUAAGUUUACUGAAGGUUCAUUAGCCACAUCAGAAGUGAGAGGGGGAGAAGCCGUUAAGGUAGAAGCUGAAACUUGGCAGCAAUCUAGUGUGGAAAAGUCUGAAGCUUCACUACUUGCAGGAAUGAACAAAACACAGAGUCAAACGACAGAACCUGAAAAGAAUGAAGUGAGUCAGCAACAAUGUUUCACUGCUAAGUUUGAGGUUCCACCUCGCGCAAGAACUGAUUUUAAGGCCGAGGAUGGAGCUUUAGAUUUGGAAAAUAAGGCAGUCAGUCCUCCCAUGGAUAGCCCCAUCUUGGCAACAGCAGAAUAUCUAGCCACCGGAGGCAAGCCAUUGCUGUCAUCAACAUCAGAAAAAGAUACCAGAACGGAAUGUAAAACAGUCUCCUCGGAGCCAGUUGAAGAGGAAGUGGAGGAUGAUCCGGAGGAGCAAAAUAAAUAGCCUACUAGGUUGAGCAAAAUGCUAUUUGUCCCUCUUAAUGUGGCAAUGAUAUAUUGGUUCAACUUGAAAAUUCUUAAUCAUAAUUGUAUUGGUCGUUUUCA